CACGAGUACACGAGAACGCAAGUACGCACAGUACGCAUAUUGAUAAACGCCCAUUGUCAAGUGGAAGUGGUGUUUUUGGGCUCUAAAAGACGCCUUUAGCACCUUUUGGAAAUGCCAGUGUGCAACUUCUUUCUUCAGGGCCGCUGUCGUUACGGCGAAAAAUGUUGGAAUGAGCACCCAAGAGGAGGGAACAGAGGAGGAGGAGGAGGAGGUGGUGGAGGAUAUAACAACUACAGCAACCGCUCCUCUGGUCAGCAACAGCCCAGAAGUGGAGGUGGAGGGUUUGGAAACAGAGUCUGGGUGAAUCCUUCCCAGCAAAAAGGAAACUACAUCCAGCCUUCAUCCUUCUCUUCUCACGGAAGUGACGACUGGGGUCAUGGAGGAGGAGGAGGAGGUGGUGGUGGAGGGCGAAGAGAAAAUGUGAAGAGCUCCGACUUUAGUUUCUCAAGUCAAAACAGAUUUUCAGCUCUUAAUACUCCCAGCACCUUUGACAGGGGAGGCAGGGGGGGAGGAGGAGGAGGAAGGGCAGCGGGAGGAACAGUUGGUGAUGAAGACGACGACAAAAAACUGGAAGUCAUUCAGAUGGACAUGGAUGUUUGGGAGAAGUCUGGCCAGUGGGGAUUCUCUUGUUAUUAUAGCUUCCAGACACUUGUAUCUGGUUUCACUGACCUCUCCCCUGAAGAGCUCCGGCUGGAAUACUACUCCACAAGAGCUUCAGGAGAUCUGCAGGGCUACAUGAAUGCCAUCAAUCAGCUGCUCAGUCAGUGGAAAACCAGAAUCCAGGAAUUGAAGAUUAUGAAUCCAGCCACUCGUGCGGCACUGCUUGCAGAAUUAAAUGGUGCUGCACCUCAGGGAUCUUCAGGUGGGUUUGGUUCGACAACAGCAACUGGAUUUGGAGCCUCCAUCUCCAGCUUUGGAAGCAAAGGUUUUGGUGCCCCAGCACCAGCCCAGGCCAGCGGUUUCAGCUUUUCUGCUUCAAAUAGUGGAUUUGGCUCUGCAGCCACACAGUCAUCUUCAACAGGUUUUGGUAACAUCUUAGCAGCCCCCACACAGCCUCCCUCUGGGUUCAGCGCUGCGUCCUCCUCUGCACCUUCAGCUUCAAGUUUCUCCUUCGCCUCUAGCACCACGGACAAAUCAGCACCUGCUUCAGGAUUUGGAUCUGCCUCUGGAUUUAGUUUCUCCUCUACAGCAGGCAGCGGUUUCGGGGUUGGAGCCCCUGCGACAACAGGAAGCAGCGGUCCUUUUGGGCAGACGAGUGGAGGAUUUGGGGCAGCAGCCGCUCAACCCACUUCAGGAACUGGGUCUGCCGAAGGAACGUCGGACAGUCUGUUUUCCCCUGAGAGUAAACUGACCGAAGAGGAACUGAGUCAGUUCAAGGCUAAGAAAUUCACUCUGGGACAGAUUCCACUGAAGCCCCCCCCUUCUAACCUGCUAGUGGUGUGAUACUGUGGAGAAUAUGGGUAGAUUAUUAAACUAAAAAAUAUAAUUUUGUGUGAAGAUUUUCUGCUUUAAACCUUUUCCGUGCAAGUAAUUUUGAAGAUGUGGCUGACAUCCACACACUUCUCCUCGGUUUAGGUGGCGAAAACUCAGUUUGGAAGUGUGCUGUGUACUUUCGAGCUGUCUUUUGUCAUAAAAAGUUCUUUUUUUGAACGAUUUUGGGUUGCAUGGAUUUUAAUUUGUUCAUCUUUUCCCUUUUUAUUAAGUACCUAAGGGUACAGCAAGAAAAGUUGAUGGACAAAAAAAAUCUUUUAAAGGUUUAUUUUAAUUUUUAAUGAUCAAACAUGCAAAAUUCAACAAAUCAGCUUCUUGAACUUUAUAAAGAGUAAAUUUGCCAACAGAGUUUGGGAAACAGUUCCAGCAUAUGUACAGAUAUUAUGUUAUUUUAUGGAAUGGCUGAUUCCUCAACCAGGUUUCUAUUGUUAAAGAGGUUAUCUGUGUGUUUGGCUAAAGGUAAAUAAAUGUAUUUCAUUUAAGGUUUCAUGGAAUAGGAAUUCUUGCUGUAAUUACAUGUGUCAGUCAGAAGGUGGUGUCACAACACAAGCUCAAAUGUCCAUGAGGUUUUUUUUAAUUAUUUCUGCAAUUAACUGCACUUGUGUUUUAACCUAGAAGUACCUUUUAACUUCAGGCUACUUUUUCCCUUGCAACGUAAUGUGAUAAAACCAAAGUCUGGAAACCAAAAAAAAUAUGUAUUCACACUAGAUUUCUGCUAAAAGAGAGCAAAGUGAGGCAGCUUCCAAAUGACAGAGAAUUAAUAAGCUGUUCAGAAUGUAUUUAUUAGGUGCCGAGCAAAUGGUGGGACAGUAAGAGUGAUCCAUGUGACAGCAAUAAACCAUUCUGCUGAGGGUGCUCUA